AUGGCUCCUGUUUCUACCGCACCCAAGCGCAUUAAAGUUUCAAGUAUCUCGAAGGUGAAGAAACAAAUCACCACCCUGGAAAAACCGAAUUUCAACGCAAACGAGGUCAAGCGCGCGACCAAGGACACCACCAGCUUUAAGUGUCCCGUCUCGCCGAAAAAAAUAUUUCUCGAGCCCACCGACGGCCAGGUGCGGCAGUUCUACGGCGCCAGGAAUUUUAGUGGCACUCCAUAUGAUCGGUUACCUCAAGCCGAGAAUCUCGCGUGGCAAGAGUCUCUGAGAGACAACCUGACCCUGAUCGGUUUUCACGUCUACUCCCAGCUCUUCCCGAGCCUACUCGAAAAUCGAAUCAAACUGAACAAGGCGAGCCACCACUACAGAGACAUCGACCGCGCGACGCCCGAGGGUAGGAAGCAACUAGAGCAGCGCCGAGAAGCCCUCACAAGACUCCAACGGGUCGGCUCGGCUCGUUCGGUGUUUCACGGGCUCCCGUACUCUGUGGACAAAUCGAAGAGUAUACUGCAGUUCAUGAACAUGGAUUUCGACGACGACGAUUCGAGGCAGCGGUUCUUCCUGCAGCGAGAUUUUGCCACAAUAUCUGGGAAGCGAGGGGAGACCAGCUCGUCUAGUGUGUAUGCGUCAUGUUCUUCUGCAAUCGGGCUUAUGUGGUUCGCGACCGUUAUCCUUGGGCGCCCCACAGCUUUCGAAUCGGUCGUCUUGCCCCUGAACGUGAUGGAGCGUCGCGUGCUCGAGGAGAGGUGGCUUUGCCCCCCCUGCCACUUGGACGGCGCUAUCCGCGGCUGGGAGACAGACUGGAGGGGCGUGUUUCGUGCGAUAAACGUACCGCACAGAAACAUAGCCUACAUAAUGUUGGAGCGGGCGUGCCAAGACAAGUACAUUGAGGGGUUCCACGUAGGAGACGCGUACGGUCUUUUUAAGGCAACCCGCUCGGCCCCGGGUGACGCCGAGAGGAUAGCUACACUGUUUCGAGCGUAUACCGAAAAAACAAAGUAUGGGAUCGAGUGCGGACCUGUGGUUGGGAGUCUGGACAUAAUCCGACAGCGACCCGUGGACUCUGUCGGCCGCAUGGACGGCUCCGUGUUGGGUUCCAUACAUUUGACGGCGGCCCAACGCUCUUCGACGCUAGUGUCGGCGAAACUGACGGAGAUCAUGGCGCACUUCGACAGCCAGCUUUGGAAAACGAGGAAAAGGCUCAAAAUGGCAAACACCGUCAGCACCAACCUGGACCCCGCCGGCCUCAACAAGAAGGUGGAUGGCGGGCGUAUGUUGGAUCCCACGGACCCCAAGGCGGUGGAGAUGAUGUACGACAUGCUCAAAGGCGUCUGUUUCGGCGUUUGGCACCCCCUGAAGAGCCUGAUCGGUGAGGAACUCGGGGCUAGCAUGGAACACCCCUCCGCGUUUCUUAAAAUUUCCAAUCAGGAGGCCGAGCUCCUGUACGAGCACGCUAAGAAUAAGGGUGUGCUAUACUCCGACGUAGCCAAUCUCUGCGUCUUACUCGCGCUAAGCAACUGUUUUCAGAGGUCCCAGGUCAUGCGGGAGGCAACGAUGAACGAGUUCGCUCUUGUUCCGGACGGCACCCACUUCAGGCACACUUUCAAGGACCGAACUUGGAAGACGGCUACCGCCUCAGCGUCGAGUGGGGCUCUUCCCGUUAGUCACUUUGAAAUGUCAGCAGACCAAAGCGUGAUGAUACAUUUUGUAGCCUGUGUGGGCCACCGCUUCUGCGACGUAGACAUGCGCGACGGCAACAGGAGGCUGUUUGUCAAUUCGAAGGGGGAAGGGUGGACCCCAAACGACACUCGGUCGCGUUUCAAAAAGAUUGGGGCGUACUGGCUAGGAAUUGAAAACUUCUCUCCCCAUGUGUGCCGUACGUUUUGGGCCACACACGCCCUGAAUUCGGGCCAAGUCAAUAGCAGUAAUAUCGACGACUUUAGCUCCUAUCUCCAGGUGUCGAGUGCCACGUUAAGGAGUAGCUAUGGAGCUGCCUCUGCAAACACAGCUGCCCACACAAUAGGCAACGUCGUGCUAGGUGGCGUAGUCAACUCGGCUUGUCAUGUGGAAAUUGCGGAGAAUGGCGAUGGGCCGCAAGGGCCGAAGCUGCGAAAGAUCAGACUGGAGUUCCUUGCGGACAUCCGCGCAUCUCUGCUCAAGUACUCGGGCGAUGCCAAACACAUGUUCCAGGAUCUAGUGAGGAAGCGUAAGGUUGGUCAGCUCGGAGAGAGUGAAAAAUGGUUUCGGAAGGAGAAUACUUUCUGGAAGGAUGAACAUGAAAGGGUGUUUCUGCGUUUCGUGGGAGGGGCUUGGGCCCAGCCUGACAUUGCGUCACGUGCCAAAAAGAUUGGGGCGCACUGGCUAGGCCUUCCCAACUUCUGUAUUCACACGUGUCGGACGUUUUGGGCCACGGCCGCUCUGAAUUCGGGCCAGGUCGAUCCGUCAAACAUGGAUGAAUUCAGUAGUUUUUUGCAGGUGUCGAGUGCUACAUUAAGGACUAGCUACAUGUCAGCCGCUGGAUACAGUCAGGCCCAUAUAAUCGGCAAGUCGGUGCUAGGUAGCGUAGUCAACUCGGCUUGCUUGGGAGAAACGACAGAGAAGGGCGCCAAGCCAAGCACCAAGAAACUGGGCGCCCGGAGGGAGUUUAUUGCGGAAAUCCGCGCAUCCCUUCUCAAGCACGCAGGCAAAACUAGGAAACUGUUUCGUCAUCUACUACGGUGGACCAUAGUUAACAAGUCCAAAUGUGUUUCAACAGAAAAAAGGAAGAAAGAGAAAAAGGGCCUGCAACCUCCUGAGGUCAAGAAGGUCUUCUACGAUAGGUGUUGGGCCGCCAUCAACAUCCGCAUAUCCGGAAAGAACACGAGAAACGACUUCUCCGACCUACUCGACGAGUUCAUCGACCAAUCCGGUUUCGACACAUCUCUCUUCCCUCCCAAGGUCCCCUGUCGACUCCAAGAAACAGUCACGAGAGAAAUGGAGGUAUCUGCCAAGAACUCUAUUGUCGUGCACCUGGAGGCCAAGAUCAAGGGGUUCCUGAGGUUCAGGCUCAUGAACGAUUCCCAGUUGGCAUUCCAACACUUCCCCGCGAAGGAUCGAUCGAGAGUUAUCGUCUCUCUGUCAAACGACUGUCUUGAACGAGAGAUGAGAGAAGACCUCGAUCCUGGGUACGUACCCCACGUGCUACAAGUGAGGGACCUUCUCGCACAAGUUUACUCAACCGAACCGGACGUACCAGUGCUCAAGAUCUUGAAGAAAAAGCCCCAUCUGUUCCUCGAACUGAUCAGCAUGAUCUCACGCGUUGCCGAGGAGGCGUCCGAUAACAAUAGGGCCCUCCGAGAGGAAACAAAGACGAGAUCCGAUGAGGAAAAAGUGAGGAAGGCCUUCUACAUAUCAGAGAGGAUCAAGCGAGGACUCGUGGAUCGACCGAAGAUGUGCACGGUCCUCCCUGUCUGGAAGCUAGCCCCGUGCUUUCCAUACUACUCUUCUUCCGUGGUCGGGAGCAUUUUUCACAAGGAGGGUCACGACUUCUCGUCCGUCUCAAGGUUUAUUUCCGAGCACUUCGACCUUAGGAGGGUUAAUAGGAAAGGGUACAAGCCGUCGGGAUUUCGGUCAGACGGCUACCAGGUUCAGGUGACCUUUAUGGCCCUGGUAUCCAAAAAGCCUCACGUUCCUGGUACAACAGAUCUGGCCAAGUCUGGGUAUCAGAUUGCCAAGAAGGUGGUCUCCCUGGAAACGCAAGAGCGGGGCUUGUUCGUGCUCUCCCAGGCGAGAAAGGACAGUCGGAAGAUAGUCGCUGACCGAGUUCAUGCAUACAACCUGACCGUCGUCGAUCCAGGGUGCGCUUCAGUGGUUUCUGUGAGGUCGUGUCCCCUGGAAUUCUGCAGGUGUGUCGGGAGCGUUCGCGAGAAAAGCACGGACUGGGAAAUGAAGGGAACCGAGUACUCCGUGAAGUCUGGUAGGACCAUGCUGGAAGGGCGAGAGAAGAAGAGGAGGUCGAACGACGAGUACGGGCGGUGUUUCCCCAGAUUUUCCGCGGUCAAGAAGAAGACAGCCAGAAAGUCGUCUUUUCUCGCGUACUGUCGUGUGGCGGCUGAAACGUUCAAGGUUAUGUUCGCGGAAAAGAUGAAGAGGGCGAGGAAGAGGUCGAGGUUUCACUCAUCGAGGCUUGUACAGAAGACUGUUGACAAGCUGGCUUCGAACAUAGCUGCGUGCCCUUCCGACCGCAAGAACAUCGUUCUGUUCGGGAACGGGAGCUUCAGGGCGAUGAAAGGGCACGCCUCCGCGCCUCGAAAGAAGCUCGUGAGGGCUAUCUGUUCGAGGGUGAAUGUGGGGAUGUUGGACGAGUUCAGGACUUCCAAGAUGUGCCCCGGGGGGUGUGGCGGGGAGAUGACUGACGUUCAGGGUGAUUGUAAGGCCAGGCUUCUCAUUCACACGAGAGGUCUAUUUUCGGACGAGUACGUUGAUUAG